AUGGAAAUAACGAGUGAAAGCUGAAAGUGAAAACGACAGACCUUGGCCUUGUGUCUGUUCAGGCUUUAUUUUCACUUUCUUUUCAUUUUGAUUAGCGAAAUACGAUAAAUAAAAGAUGGACAAGGUUCAAGAAGAACAACAACGCGUGGCAUACCUUCAAGCACAGUCGGCUGCCCUCCAACAGCAGGUCGCUGCGGUAGCUGCUUUGCAGCAAGGUCGUAGAGAACAACAGAACAAAAUGAGUUCACAAAAUGUAACACCUGAUUCCACAUUCACAGUUCCUGAUGAUGGAAUGGGGUAUGACGGAGGUGUUCGUGUGUUACAGUCCAUUGGUGGUUCCUGGACGCCAACAUCAGUAGCAUCUUCAUCGGCUGAAAUACCAUGUAACAUACCAAAGCCAGGCGUCAUUCCAUUCACUGAGCCGUAUGCACCGGGAGGGUCAUUGUCGGGCAUCAAGCCGAAUCCCCCAGCAAAGAAGAAUUCAAAUAAAUCAAAUAAUUCAAAUAAUUCUGACACACCAAAAGCGUUUUCAUGUCCUGUUUGUGGAAAAGGAUUAGCACGAAAGGAUAAAUUAACAAUUCAUUUAAGAAUACAUACAGGUGAAAAACCUUAUGUAUGUGAAGUAUGUUUAAAAGCUUUUGCAAGAAGGGAUAAGUUGGUAAUACAUAUGAAUAAACAAAAACAUUUGACACCUACAAAUAUAGCGCCAUUAGGAAAACGCACAGCAAUUGCCGCCGCGGCAACAACAGCUGCAACUGCAACAACUACAACAAAUUCUGUCAACAGCAAUGAUAAACCAAGUGAUGAGAAACGCACUAAAUGUGAAGUAGAAAUUGCGCCAGCACAUUCAACUCAACAAGGUUUAAUUCCGGCACAAGCAACGUCAGCACAAGAUCUUUAUAAAACUAAUAUACCACCAGUAAAUUGGACAUGUGAAUUAUGUGGGAGAAUAUUCAUGAAUCGUGAAGAAUGGAGUACACAUGCCAGAAGUCAUUUGGAUAGUAAGGUACUCUUAGGACAACAAUUAUGUCCAACUGUAGCACCGUGUUUUACACCACAAGCCGUACCCCAAUAUACCGGUGAACGUCAAGCAUGUUUUGUAUGCCGACAAGAAUUUACCAGUAAAACUGAAUUGAUGUUCCAUGUUCGCAGUCAUUUUGAAGGCAAACCAGAAUUGGCAGCUGAUUUAAUUGCAAGAAGUUUGAUUGAUUCAUCGGGUGUUUGUACGUAAAUUUUUUAACAAACUUAAAUUAAGUUUAAUAAAUCAUUAAUUUAAAUUUUUUGUAUUUGUUCUUUGUUUUCGUUUGUUUUCUAUUGAUUGGCUAUGAAAUUAAUUGGCAUUGAAAUUCAAAACAAAAUAUGGCACCGAAAGUUUCAAAAUAAUGUAAGGCAUAGAAAUUUAAGAAAUUUAAAUGUACGUAGUGGAAUAUUUAAAAAAGCGAGAGAUUGGAAUGUUUGUUGGAGUAAUUUUAAUGUAUGCGAGAUGGGAUUUUAGGUUAUGUGAAAAGGCCUAAUAUCGCAAGUGAAAGAAAAGUUAAUAUCAAUGUUUAAAAAAUGUAAUUAAUAAAAUAAGA